CAUGCGCAGUGUCAGUGUGUGGGUCGAGGUUUAAAGAGAAGGAGGCGCGCUCUGGGCGGAGUGAAUUGAUACAGCUAAUCAGCGAUAACGACCAGGCAGUAACGGCUGACAGAUCGCUUUAUUGAUAUUGCCAUUAGUAGUCCUUAAAAAACAAACUAGGCACGAUGGAGGAACUGAGGGAAGAGGUAUUGCUGGAGUAUAUCUCGGCUGCUGGAGGCAGGGUGAAGAACUCGGAUUUACUGAAGGAUUUCAAACAUUUCAUUAAUCAUAGCGACAAAAAACUUCGUGCCAAACACAGAGACGACUUUAAACAGAUCAUCGAUAAAAUUGCUCUGGUGAAAACCGACAAUGGGGAGAAGUUUCUUUCUCUGAAGAAGAAAUACAAGCAGCAGCAGCUGCUGCCAGACAGAGAGAGGGAGCCUGGGAGCGAUGGGGAGCGGGCCAGCGUGCCGAGACAGGGAGGGAUGGUGAUGUGGGAGGGAGGGGAGGUUUCCACUGGGCUCGGCGCCCAGGUUCAGCCCAGCCUCGAACCCUCUACCCCUACAGAAGCCACACAGGACCUUAAAACGAACAGCCCUGACAGGACGGACAAGGGGAAAAGUGCGACGCAGAACAGAGCUGUGUGUUCCUGGGCUGGAGGUCCUGCAAUUACAGUGACGGUGUGCUCGGAUCCUCCCACACAGGAUCUGAACCCCAGCGUGGUCUGGGAGGAGCCGAGCCCCCAGGAGGGUCCCCAAGAGCAGGAGCAGCCUGAGAGCUCCAGACAGGCUGCACGCAGCUGGGCCAGCUCCCCCCAGAUAGAGGACCCUCCAGCUCAGAGCCCCAAAGAGGACGAGCCGGACGCUGUGUCCAAGUUCGAGUCUGAACAGGAUGAAGACGGCACUGGGAGUGUGGGAUCCUCUGCGAUUGCUCUGGACCCGCUGGAGAAGGAGUGGAUUCACUCUGCAGCCUGUGCGAGACUCCCGGUUCUCAACCAUCUCCUCCAGCAAGACCCCACCCUGGUAUAUAAGAAGGACUUCACAUCUGUAAGUAUAUUACUUUUCUUUGUAAUGCUUUUUUCCAUAUAGAAUGGAUGCUCGCCAGGCUGAUUAGUGAUUGGAUCAUUUCACUGUAUGGUGUUUAUUAUUAUUAUGUAUCCAAUCCCAUCACAUUAGAUCAUGGAUGGCGUAUUCAGUCUAUCCAUGUACAGGUAUUGUAAAUAACAGACAGUGUGUAAUAACCCAAGCUUGGGCGUUGUGGUGACUUCAUCAACUCCUUUCUUCAUGUGAAACCCUCAGUGAAUUAAACAUCCUCUAGUAUUCUGUUCUGUAUAGUGUUGUGUACUUAUGCUCUAUAUCCUGCCAAAAGAAAUGCGGGUGAGCUCCUCUCUCAGUACAGACAGAGCCCCGAGAUGUGGGAGACGCGCUGGUCCCGGACAGCGUAACUGUCCAAUCAGCUGCAGCUGGUUUGGCUGUGCGCUGCUCUGCAGAUCAGAGCCAGUAACAUAACCAGUCUAAUUCUUCCUUUUGUUUUCUUUGGGGGUCUCUGCUGUUAUUCCUGCCUGUGCGUCUAUCUUCUCUCCCAGGGGGUAAGUUACUUCAAUGUUAUUAAGAGCCUGUGCUUUUAAUUGCCUCAGCAUUUUGACUUUUUUAGAUAAUUACAUGUGCAUCAAUUACACAUCAUGACAUUUUUGGCUUCUGCGUUUAUUGGAUGAUUGUAUGCCAAGUGGCACAGCUCCUGAUGAUUUUUACAUUAAGAUUGCAAAAACCUGUCAAGAAUCCACUGAGAACCACAAUUUAAAUAUGCACCCUCCAGUUGUUUGAUAUAAAAAAUAAGGCCCUAUAUAGAUAGAUAGAUACCAUUUUUUUUGUCUUUCCCAAGAGUAGAACAUUGAUCAGGACUUGUAAUUAAAAACUUUGUUACUAGUUUCUUUUAGCAUUGUUGCAUAGCUCGCCUGCCUUAUUCUCAUCACCACUACAGCUUGGCCUGUACAUUUUCAUCACCUGAUGCAACCAAAGCUUGCAAAUGCAGUUCCGAUCACGAGACUCCAAGGGAGGCCAAAUCAGUCAAAUAAAAAGCAUGUCCAGGAAGCAAAUUCAAAAGUGCAGAUGAACCAGUGAUAGUGCUGCCUGCGUGAAGACUGAAGUCCAGAAGAAGACUUCUUCGAAGGGGGGAGAUUGACACUGAGCUGAUGCCCACAUGCUUUCUUGCUUUCGAAUGAUUUAGCGGAGGCUGAUUUUAAUUCUGCUGGUCGACCCAAACCUAAAUCCCCACUGAGCCAUGCUUCAGACCACCUUCCGAGGACCACCAGAAACCCAGCUGUCUCCACUCUGACAAGAUACAUGGCCUUCAUUCAAGGGGAAGGGAUUAUAGGAUUCCUGGAGCGCGACAAAGUCCCGAAUGGCUCAUUAAAAUAAUCUGAAAGUAAUGGAGGAGGCAGGAUUGAUUGAAGGUGUUUUAAUGCGCUUCACACUCUUUGAUGUGAUGCACUGGAAUCCUGUGCUGCUGUACGUUGCAAUAUUGUGUGCCCGUUACUGCUGAAGUAAAGCCAGCGUUUCUUCCAUGGCCUGGGUUCACAGGGGUUAACGUUGCCAUUGUCAGCACACUGGAUUGUUUGCAUUGGCAGCUCAAGUGAGGGGCAAUCUCAUGAGUGUUAAAAACCAGUCGUGUCUUAUUAAACUAGAUCCACUUUGUAGAGACGAGUGGCUGGGAAGGGACACGCCUUGACAGCCUCUUCUCAUUCCCUAACUCUCUUCUGUUAUGUUUGGAUCAAGGCUUGCUGCCACGAUGGCAGUGUUAAGUGCAGGCAGAUUGCAGCAAAACGAGCUGCACUC